CACGAGCUUACAGCUUCAGCUUCAAUUCAACACCAGCCCACGCGUCAAUUGGACGGCUUGCUUCCAAUUCUUCCUAUUAACAAUCCCGAAAAGACCAACAUACUUCUCUUCCGACUAAAUACGAGCCCGCGACUGUCACACUCCCUCUCUCCGCAUCACUGUCUCGCAUCCAGUGUCCAGCACUCAAUCGACAGCCUACGUCCAUCUCCGCAAUUGAACCACAACCUACGUCCUUCUCACCGUUUUAUUCUUCAGAUAAACGCGCUACUGUACACGCAUCAUCAAAUCCUUCCUCAACUUCGUUACGUGCCGUCCAUAAUCGAUCGACCAACCCUACCUCCGCAAACCUACCACUAAACCCACCAUGGCACCCAAACGCUCCGGCCCUUCCACACCGACCAGCAGCAGCGCGAACCUGAAAUCGCUCUCGUCAUCAUCUUCAAAUUCCCCUUCCACUUCCGCAGGCUCUUCCCUCUCCGGCAGUGCCGCAAGUAACACCGACGCAACCGUCAUCUUGAACCACGUCUGGAACCGCUACGUACAGAACACGCCGCAGCGGACGAAGCUACUGGAUGCAUUCCUCGGCUUUCUUGUAGCCGUUGGUGUCGUGCAGUUUGCGUACUGCGUUUUGGCGGGCAACUAUCCCUUCAAUGCCUUUCUUUCCGGCUUCUCUGCUACCGUCGGCCAAUUCGUCCUGACGACAAGUUUGCGCAUGCAAACGAACAAGGAGAAUGAAAAAGAAUUCUCGAGCGUUUCUGACGAAAGAGCAUUCGCCGACUACGUUUUCGGCAGCCUCUUACUGCACUUUUUCUGCGUCAAUUUCAUCAACUAAAUCUCUAUCUACACUUACAUCACUUACAUCUUCUAUACCUUUACUCCCUUCCACAUCCUCUCGCAUUUCCUAGCUUGGUAGCAUCAUCUCUAGUGUUCAUCUCCUCGAAAAUAAAAAAGACCCGCAGCCAGAACAUAUCCUGCAACGUCCUAACUACUUGCUCGAUAUAUCAUAAAUUAUUGCAUUAACAGUAUUUUAUUAUACGUGCGGCCUUCGCUCUGCGCUUGACUUGGCUUACGUGCUCGUGCGUUGUUCUUAUCGACCGUUUAGGCUUGUCAGACUGUCAAGCAUUCUUUGGGUCGAUCCCGUGGGACCUAUACCCGAGCGAAACAUCAAUCAUGUCGCCCAGUUUCG